AUGGACGCACUUUUGGCCAGCCUUGGUGCCCACGUGUAUAGCUAUGCCAUAAAAUCGGGCAUUGCGCUGACAUCAAGCUACGCCCUCCAACAGUGCUCGCGCCUUCUACAGAAUGUCAACGACAAGUCGCUCCGCAAAGAGCUCAAGUCAUUGCAGAAGCUACUAGACAGCAAGAUCAGGAUCCUCUCUCCCGCAAUCGACUUGAUCGAGUUCAAGUCUGGGCGUGGGAACGUCUUUCUCGAGUCGGCCGUCCCUCUCGCCAAGUCUCUUCAUCGGGAAAUCGUCCGCCUCGGGAAACGUCUCGACGAUGCCGCCAGCGUCGAGGAAGGCUUUCGCCGAACUAGGCGCAAGGCCAGCAUGCCAGAGGCCCAAUAUGCCGAGCUCAUGUCGAUAGUCCGAGACAUUAGAAAGCUGCUUGAGCGGAUCGACAGAGAUAUCCCUCUGAUCCAGCUUGCCAUCACUGCUUCAGGCGAGAAGAUGUCCACGUCUUUGACCCCUGGUAUCUCUCCAUCACGGAUGAUGCAGGCGAGCGCCUUUCUCUUUUCCGGGGAUGCGCAGUUUUCGAGCGACCCGACUCGGCCCGUGCAGAUUGGUCCAUCCUUUACGCUGUCCCUCUACAUGCUUUUUCUCGGCCAUUCUCAGGACGCGCCUCGAAAAGAGAACGAGCAGGGCGGUUCUUCACUGACGUACCCAAGCCACUCUAAUGGCCUCGUCCACCAAAACCAGCCCUACGGGCUUGGAGAAGGCGAGAGAAAGCCCAUAUGGCAGGAAGUGAUGCACAAAGCCCGGGUGCGGCUUUGCCGUACUCCUGUAGACUGGGCGUUUGACACUGUGCAGGGGUAUUCCCCCAAAGACUCACCUGGCCAGGAAAUCAGUGGGAGCACUCCAGCGGUAUCGUCUACGGAAUUCCCAGGGCAUACUGGUGAAUACUCGUACCAUUUGGAGAUUAUUGAGGACCUGGAUGAUGGCCGUGUCCACGACGAGGGGUACGGCCCAGCGCCAUUUGACGGUAUGCCAAAGGCUGGCAUACGUGAUUCUCUCCCAAUCUACCAAAUCUCCAAGAUAUUCUACACCGACACCGGAAGGAUUCUCAACAUUGGGAAUUCCGAUGACGGAGACAACAAUCCAGUCUUGCUUAUAAAGAGAGAUGUCAAGGCUCGCACACCAGUGAGAGCACGGCAAGAAUGGUUUGAUGGCUUGAGUGAGCCAGAAGACGGGGAUUCCGGAACGGAAGAUGAGUCGUCUCAGUCUGAUGACCAAGCGGAAAUCGACCGGCAGCUGCGAGAGGAGAGUGAGCUUUCUGCACGAUCCGUGGACGAACAGCAAAUGCCACAGACACAGCGCUUGCCUCCCCAUCUGGAUCCGGAGUGGCUGGCUCUCGAGGUCUUCGUUGAAGACGACGAUAGCUCCUCUGACAAUACGGUGGACGAGAAUGAAGAAGAUGACGAUGGUGUUGAAAACGAGAGCGGGGACCCAACUCUAGACAAGUCCUUGUCGCUAGCGGAACGACCUACAGGGCCGCGACCGAAGUCAUCCAUUGACUCCAAUCUUCUUGCCCGGAUCAGGAACGUCUCUUUACGGCCUACAACACCCCCUCAGGAGAUUUCUCGACUCGAGUCCAACAAUCUUGCGACAUUGCAAACUGAAUUCUCCGAGUCUUACGUAUCCAAGUCCCCGUUCGGCGGCAUCAUCACGUCAUUGUCUCUACUGGAGAUGAUGAUCCGGCUCACGAGUCUCCAGGAAUUCCAACAGACAUCUCAUCUAUCGAUUCCGGAUCACAUCCUCACCUUCUUCUUAGAGGAAACGUCGACGACGGGCUUGAGGGGUGAGGCGCGUUUGGAGGUGCGGAAGGAGGCUAGGCGGCGGGUGGGAUUUGAUCCUUAUACAGACACCCCGAAGAAAUAG